GCUGCAGGCCAGGAAAGGAGCAGGGGGAAGCAGCCCCAGCCACAGGGCCCUGCCACAGGAGGGCGCGAGGAGCAGUGCAGAGAGGAGGCCAGACCCGGGAAGGGACACGCCGACUCGCUGGCAGCCUGCACCAGGCACGAGAGCGGCCAUGCUGGUCAAAGUGAACGGUGUCAGACACGUACAGGAGUCCCAGAGUCCUGCAGAAGCCACCGGCCAGAACCCUCUGCUGUCCAGCCCCGUCCAACAUGCCCCGGCCCAGAGACCAGCUGCCGCCAAGCCGGCCCCUCCGGCCGAGACCUCGGUGCAGGUUAAAGAGACAGAAGCGGGCGGGCUCUGUGGGGUGCGGGGGAGUGGCGCUCCUUGCCACGUGCCACCACAGAGCGAAACGGGGACCCCGCAGCCUGCCUCUCGCAAGCAGGCGUCUCCAGCGCCCAUCUACGACGAGCCCUCGCUGGACUCCCCAGUCUAUGACGAGCCUCCCGUGGAUAUGGACACUGGACAUGCGGCAUCUCCACAAGUAUCACCAAGCAAUAGCAUCCGUAAGCUGCUCCAGCCAGCCCGAUUACUGCAGCGCCCAGGGCAGCCACAGCAGCCCCACGCUGGGAAAAGGCCUGGGCCAAACCUUUCCAGCACCGAGUACAGCCCUGCUGGGAGGGAGUACAUUAAACACAUGGUCAAUGUGGAGCAUUCAGCCAAACUGCUUCCCGGCUCGGGGGCGGGGGCCGAGAGCCGGGCUAAGCCACAGCCUGCGCUGCUUUCUUCCGACAGCGUCAGGCAGUCCUGCCGGGCCCUGGAAGCCAAUGCUCUGAAGCACCUGGAGGCCCAGCGAAGCCGCCAGAGCAGCCCCCCGGCUCAGGAGUACCCGACUGCUGUAAGUCAGCAGGAUUCCGGCUACUCCACCGGCCCCUCGCCGAGCUUGCGGAAGAGGAGGGGGCGGAGACUGGGGGCAGGCCAGGGCAGACCUGGCUCUGUGGGCAGCAGCAGUGAGCUCAGUGCUUUGAACGAGAAGUUGCUGGCAGAGAUGCGUGCCGUGGUGGGGAAAUCGGCAGCCUGCAGGGGAAGCAAAGCAAAAUCAGACCCCCUGAAGCCAGGUGCCCUCCAGCGCUCCAGGGACGACGUGACAUCGAGCAAAUGGGGUGAACCAAACAAGUUUUCAGACCCCCUGAAGCCAGGUGCCCUCCAGCGCUCCAGGGACGACGUGACAUCGAGCAGCCGGUCCCUGUUCAGACCGGGACUGGAGAGGAGGGAGAGCUGCUCGAACGACCUGGCGCCGCAGCAGGAUGUCGGGAGGUCCAAGAGGGCCUAUGAGAAAACAGACUCUUUGGAAAAGAAUGGGGUGAACCAAACAAGUUUGGCUUCAGAUGCGGCGCGAGCAUCAUCUCAGCCUGGGACGCUGGUGUCGGAGCCCACGCCACUGCCGGCCUGCCCGGGCCAGCGCUUUCCCUGCCCCGCGCUGCGGCAGCCCCUCUCCCCCAGCAGCAUGGCAGCCUGGGCUUCCCAGAACCUGAACCUGCACACGCAGGGCCUCUUCCGCCGCCGGCUCUCCCUCGCCACCAUGCUCUCCUGGAGCGGCGGCCCCAUCAGGAAGCCGAUGCUGGUCGCCAGCAGCCACGCCGGGAGGAAGGAAGCCUGCGAGCUGUUCAGACUGGUGCAGAUCUACAUGGGCGACCGCCAGGCCCGCCUGGACCGAGACCAGGUGGCUCUGCUCGCAGUCACCAAGUGCUGGAGCACGCAGGGCCUGCGGGACGAGCUCUACAUGCAGCUGAUCAGACAGACCACGGACAACGGGUGCUACCGCAGCCUGGCCGGGGGCUGGGAACUCCUGGCCAUCAGUCUGGCCUUUUUUUCCCCAUCGCCCAAGUUUCAGUCUUACCUGGAAGGUUACAUCUACGGCCAUCUCGACCAGACCAACGACGGCACCAUUGCCCAGCGCAUGAAGGAACUUCUGGACCUGAGAACCAAGAAGAAUUCCAAGUCCAGGAAAAAGCGGAAGCAGAACACAGAGGAUGAAGGUUUGCCCAUCAGCACCUACGCCAGGUUCUGCUACCGGAAGCUGCAGAAGGUGGCGGUCACAGGGGGCAAGAAGGGCCUCCGGAAACCCACGCUGGAGGAGAUCACGCUCGCCAGGAGCGCCAUUGUGACGCCCUCGCUGUUCGGCAGCUCUCUGGAAGAAAUCAUGUCCCGGCAGCAGGCCGUGUUCCCGAAGAACAAGCUGCCGUGGGUGCAGACCCAGCUGUCUCAGCAAGUCCUGGCCCUGGGGGGAGAGCAGGCUGAAGGGAUCUUCAGAAUACCCGGCGACAUCGACGAAGUCAACGCACUGAAACUGCAGGUAGAUCAGUGGAGGAUCCCCAACAACCUCAGUGACCCCAAUAUCCCAGCCUCCCUGCUGAAGCUGUGGUACCGGGAGCUGGAGGAGCCCGUCGUGCCCCCGCAGUUCUAUGCCGAGUGCAUCCGCAGGUGCCAAGACCCUGACGCCGCUGUGGCUGUGGUGCAGCUUCUGCCAGAGUCCAGCAGGCUGGUCCUGUGCUACCUCAUCCACUUCCUGCAGAUCUUUGCUCAGCCGACCAACGUGGGCAAGACAAAGAUGGAUGUGAACAACCUGGCCAUGGUGAUGGCCCCGAACUGCCUGCGCUGCGAGUCUGACGACCCCCGGGUCAUCUUUGAGAACACCCGCAAGGAGAUGUCCUUCCUGCGCAUGCUCAUUGUGCACCUGGACACUGGCUUCAUCCCAGGGCUGGUGUGAGCAGCUGGACCCAGGGCUGCCGGGGGGAGAUCACGCGGGCUAGUCACCCAGGACUCACCCGCACGAGGGUGUAGGCUCCGGUUCCCUGCUCU